AUGUCAUCCCAAUCCCAACAAGUAUCCGGUAAUGCUCCCUCUACACAAUUUGUGAGAUCGAAGGCUGAUCCUGCAUGGGAACAUUGUGUUCAACCUAUGAUAGAUGCUAUUGCAGCUAUUGGACCUGGUUAUAAAGAGCUAUCUUAUCAUGCUUUUAGAACCAAAUUACUGCAAGAUAUGAAAAAUGAGGUUCAAUUGUUAGUUGAUGAGUAUAGAAGCUUUUGGGCAGAAACUGGUUGCACAAUAAUGGCUGAUGGUUGGCAAGAUCAAAGAAAUAGACAAUUGAUUAAUUUUCUUGUUUACUGUCCUAGAGGGAUUGUGUUCAUUAAGUCUGUUGAUGCCUCAGAUAUUGUGAAGGAUGCCCAAACUCUUUGUAACUUGUUCUUGGAAAUGGUUACAUUUGUUGGCGUGGAUAAUGUGGUUCAUUUAGUAACUGAUAAUGCAGCUAAUUAUAAAGCUGCUAGGAGGUUAUUAACUAACAAGCAUCCUUCUAUGUAUUGGUCUCCAUAUGCUGCCCAUUGCUUAAAUUUAAUUUUAGUAGACAUUGGCAAAAUGGCUAUUGUUACUAGUUUGGCAUCCAGAGCUUCAAAGGUUUCAAAAUUCAUUUACAAUCAUGCAUUUUUGCUUGCCUGGCUGAGGAAAACAGAAGGUUGGAAAGAAAUUAUCCAUCCAAGGCCAACACGAUUUGCUACUACAUUUAUUGCAUUAAAAGGUCUUCUUGAUCACAAGCAUGAUUUACAAGCCCUGAUGAAUGGUGGCGAUAUUUUGGAGGUAGUUGUCCAAAUGGUUGUUAACAAGAACAAAACUUCUAACCCUAUUGAUCAUGAAAGUAUUGAUAAGAUUGAAUAUUGGAUAAUUGAAGAAGUUGAUUCUCCUCCACUUUCAACACUUCGUGCUGAUGAGAUCGAAGAAGACAUCAUUUAUGAUAAUACAACACUACCAAUGCCAAUAGGUUUCAUCAAUGAAGAAGAUAAUUAUGAAGAGAGGGGCAAUGAGGCUCAAGUUAAGGAUGGAUGCUUUGGAAUUAGAGUUGGAGUAGGUGUUGAUUUAGGAUCAUUUUCUCAAGAAGAUAUUGAUAGUCAUAGUGCAAAGGCUGCAGACCCAGAUGCCUUUUUGGAGACUCAUGCUUGGCUUAAUCAAGAUCCUCCAAUAUUUGAUAAGUCAUCAAGUCAUUUGUCUUAG